AUGGAUAACAGAUCAUACGCUGCUGAUAUGCGACUUGUGGAUGAUUCGUCAUGGGUGGCCUUUCCGUCAUUGGCUAGUGGUAUUGGUAAUGAAGGGAGGAAUUGCAGCAGCCAUUGUGAUAAGCAUGACAUGAUCUCUGUGUCUGGUGUCACGGCAGUAGAUGCAACCCUCUCGCAUCUCAUCAUACCACAAGUUCAAGUUCAAGGUCAAGGCAACCAGCCACACACACACCCUUCUCGCUCAGUUUCUCCAGAUGAAUCUCCCUCUGAGAAGGCUCGAGGGAAGCAUCCUAGGAGGACGUCCCCUGACCCCAAUCAGCAACUGGAGGAUCUAGAGGAAAUGGAGGGGUUGACCAUAGAAGAGCAGUUUGAGCGGAUUGAAGAAGAGUUCAGCAAGGAGAUGCCAAGCAGUCCAGAGGGGCCUAACACCCUGACAGAACUGGAAGUACCGCUUCCUUGGAUGUCCAAGCGAAAGCACCGCCAUAUCUCAAGCAUCAAAAAGGCUUGGCCAGGGUCCAUGAGGAAUGGCCUGAAGAAGCGUGCCAGAGCAUUGCCUUCUGAUGUGGAACUCUCUACAUCAAGCUCAGAGGCAGAAUCUGACAAGGCUCACAUGGGUUAG